CGCGUGCGUGCAGAUUCAGUUGGCUCUGGCGUGUGUCCUCCGUCGCUCUCGCCUCGACGCCGAACCGAUUGAUUAUAUGUCCAAUUUAAUGCCUGGAAGUGUCGAGCACAGUGGGUACAGGUGCAUACGGGCUGUGUGCGUGCGCGUGGCUGUCGCAAGGGUCAUAUGGAUCCCAGCAUAGGGUGGUACCAGCCGGAACAGCAGGGUCCAGCCAGGGAGCUGUGGGCCAGGAUCUGGUCCGCUCAGCAGGGCCUCGACAACAUGAACCUCAGCGCAGACAACAACAACGUCUCCUCCUCCUCCUCCUCGGCCUCCACCGCCGCCGCGCCCGAGUUCAUUGCCGUCAGUGCCCCCGAGAGGACUAGCAACAAAAACAACACCGUCAACAACAGUUACUACAACCGCACCAAGAGGAAACGCGAGAACCGGGCCAGCACCUACGGCCUCAACCAGAACCACAAGAACCUCAUCGGGCGCUUCGGAGGAUGCCCCUGGAGGCGCCCCGAAGCCUCCUACGACCUGGGGGUGGUCGGGCUUCACCAAGAGAUGGAAGACUUCUACUUGUGGAUGUGUCCGACCGAGGAAGAACACAACAUGAGAAAACGAGUUGUGGAGCGCAUUGAGCAGGUCAUUGUCGACCUCUGGCCCCAAGCGAGAGUGGAGAUCUUCGGCAGUUUCCGCACCGGCCUCUACCUUCCCACCAGUGAUAUUGACCUCGUAGUGAUUGGGAAGUGGGACGCGUUGCCUCUGCGAACGCUAGAGAAAGCUCUUCUGGACAACAAGAUUGCCGAGCCAUCCUCGCUGAAGGUCUUAGACAGAGCCUCGGUGCCAAUUGUGAAAUUAACAGACAGCGAAACUGACGUCAAGGUGGACAUCUCGUUCAACAUGAGUAGUGGGGUGAACUCGGCAAGGCUGAUUAAGGACUUCAAGAGAUUAUUCCCGCCGUUGCCCAAGCUGGUGAUGGUGCUGAAGCAGUUCCUCCUGCAGCGGGAUCUGAAUGAAGUGUUCACCGGCGGGAUUUCUUCCUACUCACUCAUCCUCAUGACUGUUAGCUUCCUGCAGCUACAUCAACGGUUAGACGCAUCGCAGCCCAAUGCUAACCUUGGUGUCCUGUUAAUUGAGUUCUUUGAGCUGUAUGGUCGACACUUCAACUACUUGAAGACUGGCAUCAGAAUCAAGGAAGGAGGCGCUUAUAUCUCCAAAGAUGAGGUACAAAGAGACAUGCGAGAAGGUCACACACCAGCAGUGUUGUGCAUUGAAGAUCCCUUAAUACCAGGAAAUGACAUAGGGCGGUCUUCGUACGGUGUGCUACAAGUUAAACAGGCAUUUGAAUAUGCAUAUAUUGUGUUGUCUCAGAUGUUUGCUGGAUCACUCUUCGUCACAUGGAUUGCUUGCUGA